AUGAAGGUUGCAAUCCUCUGUCUUGCCCUUCUCGGGCUAAGCUCUGCCCAUGUCGCAAUUUUAGGUAGAGCGCCGCAGGCCCCGACGCCGCCCGGCCAGCUAAUCGCUGAUGCAAUCAAGGACGGUAUCAAGGAUUGGGGGCCGGCCGGGUCACUGAAACCGCCUUCAAGCCCUAAACCCCCUCUACGACAAAUGCCUGGAUCGCCUACGCCGUACCACAAGCCCAAGGAUCCGAACAUUAAGCCUGGCGUGACGAGAAUCCCAGGUCAGCCUCUCGGUCCUCAAAAAAAGUGCAAGCCAUGCUUCCGCAAAAGGGGCUUAUGCUGCGACAGCUCGGGCAAGCCUGUCAAACCGGUCAAGGACCCAGCCAAGGCACCGUUCAAGGCGCCGGCGAAGGGACCCUCCAAGGCGCCAGCGAAAGGAUUUUCCAAGGUGUCCAAGCCCUAUAGAAUGGCCCGCUUCUCCGUGCCUAGGUCAGCCGGCAAGGCGGCCGUCUUUGUGCUCGUGGCGCCCUACGCGCACAGCGCGCUUGACUCUAUUAAGCAGUGGGAUAACCCCAUCGGAUACGGGCUCAAGUGGUUUGACGACGCCAUGGCUAGCCUGCAGGAAGCCAUCGGCGGCCCGCAGCGCAAUGAUAUCUACGGCAACGAGCUUAAGUAUAAGAUGGUCAAGGGCAUUGGCGGCGCGCUGCAGCUCGGGUUCGAGACGGACUGGGACAAGAACCAGCGCCUGCAGAGGGAGGCGACCGCCAAAGAGAAUGCGCGCCGCCAGGAAGAGAUCAAGGAAAAGCAGCGUAUCAAGGGCCUUGAAGAGCUGGCCGUAUUGUGCGAGAGGAUUGGAACGGAGCGGCCAGAGGACGCGAAAUUGACAACGGAGAUUCAGCAGAGCUGCACCAAGCUGGCGGACGCGGUCAAGAGAGUAGAGGCCCAGGAAAUGGCCAAGAAGAAGAAGAAGAUCAAGCCGGAGCCGAUUUAUUGGUUCGCAAAGUGCAAGUGUAAUGCCAAUAAGCUACCAAAGUAUGGCGCCAAGUGCGCCAGGCAGGUGCGGAUACUUUGCCAAGCUCUGACUAGCCGAGCCCUGGCCUUCCUGCCUAUACCUCGCUCACAUGUGUUCAUUACUUCGACGUCGACGACCAUAGUUCAGACCAAGAUUGAUUUCGCGUUUAUCAACAUCUUUUUCUUUUCUAGCGCUACUUAA